AUGGCUGUACCGCCGCCAUCAACGUCAUGCCCCUUCUGCCGCAUCGCCGAAGCAUAUCCUCCCAUCCCGCCAUCGAUGUUUCAUCCUCGCCAGAAACAGGAUGGCGCACAAGAAUCAGGCAUCAUCCCCACAGAUACGGCACAAGAAACACAUGCGCACCUUGUACUUUCGACUCCACAUGUCCUGGCCUUCUUGGAUAUCAUGCCGUUGACAAGGGGCCAUGUUCUCGUCGUCACGAGAGACCACUACGAGAAGUUGAAGGACAUGGGCGUUGAAGUCAGCAGAGAGGUCAGUAUACCCUCGAGCCCUCCGCUCAGGCUACAAGAGCAAAUUCUAAAGAAUCCGGCCGCGCAGAUUGGCCAGUGGCUCCCUAUCAUCUCGCGGGUCGUGAUGAGAACUGUCUUUGGCACGGAGCCUGAAUCAGAGUGGAGUUGGAACGUGGUGCAGAAUAAUGGCAUCAGGGCCGCACAGCAGGUGCCUCAUGUGCAUUUCCAUGUCAUUCCCAGGCCGCCGUUGGAUCCUGCGCCUACGGCAGCCAAAAUGAGUUUCGUCAUGUUUGGUCGGGGGCAGAGGGAUGAACUGGAUGAUGAGGAGGGAGAGACGUUAGCCAAGGCGCUGAGAGAAGAGCUGGCGAGGGAAGUUCGCCGAGUGGAAGAGAAAGAAGGCAUUGAUUUGAAUAUGGCGGCUACGGAUGUGCGUUAUCGGACAAAGGGGAGGCUGUGA